CGAGAGAAAGAAAGUUAUAUAUAUAGCUAGCUAGCUAGGAAGAAGACCAAGUAGAAGAGAAAAGCAAAUUAUAAAGUGCAUCAUCAAAUUGAGAUUGGAAUAAUCUUAAAAAGAGAAACAUGGAGGGAGAGAGAGGUGUUCCCAAUUAUGAGCUUCAAGUUUCAUUCACCAACACCCCACACAACAUCCAAGAAAUAGGUUUUGCUCACUUUGAAGAAAACCAAGUCCUUGGUUUCAUGUCACCCUCUUCACAAUCUCAAUCUUCUCAGCUCUCUCAUAAUGAACUGGUCACCAAAACAUCAUGGAAUCAACAAGACCAGGUGGGAACUCUGGAUCCCAAGACUAUAAGUGAUGAAAAUUGCACUGGAACUGUUAGUGAUGGCAACAACAAGUCAUGGUGGAGGAGUGCAGGUGCAGAGAAAGGCAAGGUGAAAAUGAGGAGGAAGCUUAGAGAACCGAGGUUUUGUUUCCAAACAAGGAGUGACGUAGAUGUGCUUGAUGAUGGAUACAAAUGGAGGAAAUAUGGCCAGAAAGUUGUCAAGAAUAGCCUCCAUCCAAGAAGUUACUACCGCUGCACCCAUAGCAACUGUAGGGUGAAGAAGAGGGUUGAACGACUUUCAGAGGAUUGUCGUAUGGUGAUAACCACUUAUGAAGGUAGACACAAUCACAUACCCUGCGACGACUCAAAUUCAUCCGACCAAGAAUGCUUUACCUCUUUCUAAUAUAUGUGAAGAUCAGUAGUGAUUGCAUGAAAAUAACACAAUGUCGUUUCACAUGAUCCACAUAUAUUUUUUCACUCAAUUAUAUUGAGACACUCAAUAUUUUUUUAUAAGUAACAU